AUGAGGUUAUCCUUUGAUGUGGUGUGUCUGUUCACCAACGUUUCUAAGGGUCUUGCGGUACAGGUGGCGGAGGCACGACUACGCCAGGACAGAAGCAUGCCAACUCGAACAUCGCUCACAGCUGAAGAGGUGGUUAUUCUUUUGCGGUUUUGCCUCAGUCAGACGCACUUCAAUUUCAACGGCAGGACUUACCAGCAGAUCGAAGGUUGUCCCAUGGGUAGCCCCGUGUCAAGCACUUUAGCUAAUCUUGUCAAGGAGCUUAUUGAAGAAACCGCCAUGGAAAGAUUUUGCCAUCCGGUCAAGUUCUAUCGCCGCUACGUCGGCGACACGUUCGUGAUUCUCAACAGUGACCACGUUGGUGACUUCCACUCGGUUCUAAAGAGCAUUGCGCCAUCGAUCAAUUUCACUUACGAGACGGAACAAAAUGGCAAGCUUCCUUUCUUGGAUGUGUGUGCGCGCCGAUGUAGCUCGGGAGAUAUUCAAACAUGUGUCUAUCGAAAGCGUUGUGAUACCGGCAGUUUCCUUGGGUUUGACUCACAUCGCCCCACGGAGCACAAACGGAGUGUGGUACGAACGUUAUUUCAUCGAUCUGAACAGUUAUCAUCCUGCACUGAGUUACACGCUUCUGAGGACGCUACGAUCACCGAUUAUCUGGACAAACGUGGCUACCCACGCAGGUUUAUCGAGGACACUCGCAAGCGCAUGCAAACAUCUGGACCGCGCGACGGGAACCGCACCCGCCAGGCACGUGUUGUCAUCCCCUAUGUCGAAGGCGUUUCUGAAUCUAUCCGCCGGGCUUCGCUUCCGUUGGAUAUCAGGACUACGUUAAAACACCAUGUUAAACUUCGAAGUGUCAUAUCGAAACCGAAGGACCCGGUCCCGCCGGAAUACCAGUCUGGAGUAGUCUACAAAGUACAAUGCCAAGACUGUGACACGUGCUACUUUGGCGACACAGGCAGAAAACGGAAUACUCGUUUCAAGGAACACAAACGGGACAUAAAGAGCAAGACCCACGCCACAAGGUUUAAGACGGAGCUUACAGAGCAUUGGUGGAACAUGGGACAUUAUUUCGACUUUGACAACGCGGUGACCUUUGCUCGCGAGCAAAGAUGGGGACCCAGGAAGCUUCUAGAGUCGUGGCGCAUACGUGGUGACCCCUCGGUUUGUAACAAAAACCGUGGCCCCUUCCUGAACAAUACUCCCAUCUCCUUAAAUAGCGACCGGUUGUAUAAUCUCUCACUCAGUUUGGGAUAA